CUGUUACUCUUAAAUACAAGACCAUCUGCGCCCAAUCUGAUUAAAACACAGGUCCAAUUUCGUUUUUUAUAGUACAAAAUUUCGUUUUAGUUGCCUGGAAGACUUGUUAUAUAAACUGCAUUAUGGUUGAUGUGAGGGAUUAGCCAAUCAAAUGGUCUGUUGAAUCCAGUUCUUGUCGUCUCGCACACAGUACUGUGGGUAGACAUUAACAGCGAUAGAAAACAAAACAAAAAUAGAUAAAAAAAAACCACCUCAUGAACACGUUUUUUGUGUGAAAAGAAUGGCAUCCCCAGUGGCAGUUACACCCAAAAAGAUGUAUUUAAAGAAUGAUGUAUGUAUUUUGUGUGGAUUUUCUUUCGUUCUCCGAGAAGUUGCCUCAUAUGACGAAUUUAAAGAAAGAAAACAGUACGAAAAUCGAUUGCCUGUUACUUGCGAAAGACUUGAAAAAAUAAAGAAAAUCAAUUUACAUAAUUUUGAAAGUGUCACUACUGUGGAAGACCUAUAUGACAGUGGAUUAUGUUCUACCUGUUUAAAUAAAGUGGAGACUAUUCUUAAAUAUGAAAAUGACAUUAUACAACUAAAACUCGACUUGACACAAUCCAGAGAAAAUGCCAAACUGUUAUUAUUACAACCCCAACAAGAAAGUGUCGAAAGAUUGCCAGGGUCGCCAUCAUCCAAGCCUCCAAUGGAACUUCAAAUAACGUCAGUGCCACAUGUUUUAGCGAAACUUCCUCCUCAACAAACUGUACCUGUGCCUAUUUUUGUAUUGACAGUUCCAGCACAAGAAAAGGAAACUGUUAUAAAAGAGAGAACAUCAAAAGAAAAAUUGAAAAUGUCAAAGCAUUCUGUCUCCAAUAAAACCUAUAAAUGUGAUGUUUGUGGUAAAUCAUUUGCCAAUAGUAGUAAUCUACAAAGACACACCAGAACCCAUCCCAGAGAAAAGGCCUUUACUUGUGAUGUUUGUGGAAAAUCUUUUAUCACCAGUAAAGAUCUACGACGACACACCAGAACACAUACUGUAGAAAAACGCUUUUCUUGUGAUGUUUGUAGUAAAUCAUUUACCACUAGAAGUCAACUAGAUUCACACACCAGAAUUCAUACUGGUGAAAAACCCUUUAUUUGUGAUGUUUGUGGAAAAUCAUUUACCAGUAGUAGUCACCUACAGCGACACAUCAGAACUCAUAGCGGAGAAAAACCCUUUUCUUGUGAUGUUUGUAGUAAAUCAUUUACCACUAGUAGUAAUCUACAUGAACACACCAGAACUCAUACUGGUCAGAAACCCUUUACUUGUGAUGUUUGUAGUAAAUCAUUUACAACUAAUGCUAGUCUAAAACGACACACCAGACUUCAUACUGGCGAAAAACCCUUUUCUUGUGAUGUUUGUAAAAAAUCGUUUUCAGAUAUUAGUAAUCUACAUUUACACUCCAGAAAUCAUACCGGAAAAAACCCCUUUACUUGUGAUGUUUGUAGUAAAGCAUUUUCAACUAAUGCUAGUCUACAACGACACACCCGAACUCAUACUCAUCGUGUAACAUAAUGUUUUUCAGCGCCAUCUGUAACAAGGACCCAAAGACCGAGGCUAGGUGACGCAAUAUUCUUAUCUAGGCUAGACAUAUUCCACAUGUCAUGUCAGAUGGUGACCUCAUAUUCUUAUAAUAGCAUGCGCGAUAAAUACUACUGGUGUAGAUUGGAAUAACCAAACGCUAGAGAUUGCCAUUCGGUUGUGACUUCUGGCGUAUUUCGCAGAACAUACAUGUAACUGAUUAGAAAUUACAGUAAACACAGAAAUGAUUGAAUGUAAAUCAGUUUAUAUACAUUCAUAAUACAUUAUUAUAUGCGUUGUUACCCAUUUGUGUCAAUUUCUAGGUCCCAAAUAUUAGCGGUGACAGGUGUGUUUAGAAGUGGGAGAAAACAAAUGCCCAAUCCAUUCCAUUCUCAUUGUAGAGAAAA